AUGGACUUGUCUGCUAUGGGAUUCCCAGGGUCGUUGCCCGAUUGGAGUAACGUCAACAUCCUCCACCGUAACACCCUCCCAGCCCGAGCCCAUUUCUACUCCUACCCCAAUCAAGAAUCAGCCCUCUCCUUCAAUCGUGAAGAAAGCUACUUCCAAAGUCUCAACGGAACGUGGAAAUUCCACUAUGACAUCAGUCCCCUAGAUGCACCAAUCUGGGAAACAGCCAACACCAGUUCAUGGGACGACAUCCAAGUCCCAGGCAUGUGGCAGCUCCAAGGCUACGGACAUCCUCACUACACAAACAUAGACUAUCCCUUCUCCGUCACUCCUCCUAGUGUUUCAUAUGUCAAUCCCACUGGUUCUUACUGGCGACAGUUUGAAGUACCGGAACAAUGGGAUGGUGAUCAGAUCAGACUGCGCUUUGAGGGCGUUGAUAGUGCGUUUCAUGUUUGGGUUAACGGUGAAGAGGUUGGGUAUAGCCAGGGGAGCCGUAACCCGAGUGAGUUCGAUAUCACUGAGUAUCUCACUCCCAACCAGGCGAAUGAUCUUGCGGUGAGGGUUUAUCAGUGGUCUGAUGGCUCUUAUAUCGAGGAUCAGGAUCAGUGGUGGCUCUCCGGUAUUUUUCGCGACGUCUGCCUCAUUCCGUUCUCUGAAUCGUCCAUCAUUGACUUUCAAGUUGAUUCUGAGCUUGGCGACUCUUUUGAAGAAGGGUUACUGAAAGUCAAUGUGACUAUUCAAGGGAAAGAGGGUGACCUUAAUAUCACCUUAAUCUCGCCAAAUGGAUCGACCAUUGACGAAUGGGAAGGGUCAUCUUCGGAUGUUUACGAGAAGAAGCUCUCUGGAAACGACUUUCAUAUCUGGUCCGCUGAAACACCGAGCUUGUAUACCUUGCUCAUCACCUUCAAUGGGCGGACCAUCAGUCAGAAGGUUGGCCUGCGUCGCGUUGAGAUUCAGGGUUCUAACUUUUUCGUCAAUGGAAAGCCCAUCAUCAUAUACGGAGUCAACAGGCACGAGCAUCAUCAUCUCACUGGUCGUACAAUCAGUUAUGAGAGUUUGCGAAAGGAUCUCUUACUCAUGAAGCGAUCCAACAUCAAUGCAAUUCGCACAGCCCAUCAGCCUCCUCAUCCUGACUUCUUUGACGUGGCCGAUGAACUAGGUUUCUACCUCAUUGCCGAAUCUGACUUGGAGUGUCAUGGCUUUGGCGGCAUCGAAGAGACCGAGGAAAAAGCUGCCGAGUGGCUAUCCAACAAUCCUGAUUGGGAGGAAGCAUAUGUUGAUCGUGCUCGUCAGCUAGUUGAGCGAUUCAAGAACCAUGCUUCUGUUAUUAUCUGGUCUCUCGGUAAUGAGUGCUUUUACGGUCGGAACCACGCUGCUAUGAGCAAGUGGAUCAAAGAGAGGGACCCAAGUCGGAUUAUUCACUACGAGCAAGACCGAAAUGCUACAUCGACGGAUAUGUACAGUCAGAUGUACAGUACGCCUGACGAUGUGAGAGACUUUAUCAAGACACAUAGCGAUAAGCCAAUCUUGCUGUGUGAAUAUGCCCAUGCCAUGGGCAACGGACCAGGUGGUCUUGUAGAGUACAUCGACCUCUUCAGAUCUGAACCUUUGUCGCAAGGAGGCCUUGUCUGGGAGUGGAGCAACCACGGACUCCUUAAGAAAGAGGAGAAUGUUACAUACUACGCUUAUGGCGGUGACUUUGGUGACGAGCCGAAUGAUGCCGACUUUAUCAUGGACGGUCUUGUGCUGUCUGAUCAUUCGCCCAUGCCUUCGUUGAAGGAGUAUGCCAAGGUCAUCCAGCCUGUUUCAGUGAAGCUGGCAAAGAAUGGAAGUGCGAUGAUUAUAAUCAACCACUAUGACUUCUUGGAUCUGAGUCAUCUCGAUGUUUCUUGGCAUGUUGUCGCGGAUGGUUUCAAGACUGACGCUCGUACACUUGACUUCCCCAGAGUACCUGCUGGAGAGAAUAGGACAGUGGUACUGCCCUCGGGAUCGAACAUCACGCAGAGCGAAGCAUGGGUCACGGUUGAUUUCAGGCUUAAGAAAGCCAAUCUCUGGGCACCUAAGGGCUAUGUCAUUGCAUGGGACCAACUUCACAUCCAGCGUCCCAGUAUCAAGACCCGGGGUCUACCACUUAUCCACAGUCAAGCCAAUUCGGAGUUCGAGAAGAACGGAACCAAGCUUCUCUAUAAGAGCGGCGGGGCUUCCUUUGGUUUCGACCUGUUACAGGGUAACGUGACGUGGAAUAUCAAUGGUGUUGACAUCUUCCAGCGCGGUCCUGAGCUCUCAUUUUACCGCGCCUUAACACAGAACGACGCUGCGUCUUCUGGCGAUGGACCAAUUUGGGAGCAGGAAAAGAUCCCAAUGAUCUACCCACAAGUACGAGAUGUCACCUGGCGUGUCGACGAUGAUGGUGCAGUGGUGCAUUACAAAGUCCGGAUUGGCGUCAAAACUCGCGCUUGGGGCGUUGAAGCAGACAUGAUCUACAGGAUCCCGACUGGCGGGCCUCAACUCCAACUGGAAGCUCGAGGUGAAUUCGUCGGUAAGAAUGAAUCUCAUGUCAUCCCACGUAUUGGUCUCAUGGCAGUUCUACCCGAAUCAUUCGACAAUGUGUCAUGGUUCGGCCGAGGACCAGGAGAGAGUUAUAAAGACUCUAAGCAAGGUUCCCGCAUCGGGCAGUAUAGCUCCAAUGUGCCGGAGCUUUUUACAUACUAUGACUACCCUCAAGAGAACGGAAAUCGGGAAGAUUUGCGUUGGUUGAAGAUUGGGAACAAGGAGGUUACACUUGACGCACGACGGACAAAGAGUGAGCCAUUCAGCUUUACAGCUCGGAGGUAUAUGCCCUUUGAUCUGGAUGACGCACAGCACCCGCAUGAUUUGAAACCACUGAAUAUGACGGUUCUGCAUCUUGAUUACGACAACAAUGGACUAGGAUCAGCUACAGUGAGGGUGAGACCGUUUGAGAAGUACAGGUGCUACACCAAGCCAUUCAACUUUACCUUCAACUUCAACAUAGUCUAG